UUCUUACAUAAACUUGAUUUCUAGAACUCAAUGCUUCUUUUUCUUUGAUUCGUUUACAUCUUUUAAGUGUGGGAUUUAUCAUUUUGGAGCAUAAAAGCAAAAAAAUCUGUCAAGUUUGAUAUUUAUUAGGAUUAUCUCCACAAUUUAUGAAACAUUCUGCUGAAUUACAACACUGGAACAGAGUUAGAUUGAAGUGAAACUCUGAAACAUUUGGUUAUUUCUCUAUAUCUUGAUUUGAUUGAUUUCAAUCUUAGAGAUUUCCAAUCCAAGUGGUUUAAUUUAUCCCCCUUCGAGCCAGCCUUUGUAUGUUAGAUGUUGCUUCAUAGGGUAAAGAGAUUCUUAAGUAAUCAGCUAACUAUCAAACAGGCGAAGCAAAUUCAUGCUCAAAUCCUUAUUUUCAAUCUUAACCACCUUCAGCCCUUGUUGGUUCAUCAGUUGCUUCUGUCGAAAACCAACUACUCUGCAAGUGUUUUCAUGUAUGUUCGAGAAAUCCUCUACCAUUUGCCCGAUGCUUUUUCAUGGGGUUGCACUAUAAGGUUUCUAUCACAGCGUGGGAAGUUCCAAGAAGCUUUUUCUCUUUAUGUUGAAAUGCAGAAGCUUGGAUUGUACCCAAGCACACACGCCAUGUCGUCUGCUUUAAGAGCUUGUGCUAGGACUGAGAGUAAAACCGGUGGGAUUUCGAUCCAUGCUCAGGUUCAUAGAUAUGGGGUUUGCAAUUGUGUUUUUGUGCAAACAGCUCUUGUGGAUUUCUAUACGAAACUGGGUGAUAUGGAUACUGCAAAAAGGGUUUUCAAUGAGAUGCCUGAGAAAAAUGUGGUCACAUGGAAUUCGAUUUUAUCCUGGUACUUGAAAGCUGGAAAUUUAGGAGAGGCUCAGAGGGUUUUCGAUGAGAUGCCGAAGAAAGAUGUUAUAUCUUGGAAUUUGAUUCUUUCAGGGUAUGCAAAGACGGGGAAUAUGGAUCAAACGCUUUUGUUUUUUCGGCAGAUGCCGGAGAAAAGCUUCGCUUCUUGGAAUACCUUGAUUAGUGGUUAUGUUGAACAUGGAGAAAUAGAAUCAGCUCGGAGAUUCUUCGACAUGAUGCAUCAAAGGAAUAAUAUUACUUGGAUCACAAUGAUAGGUGGGUACACUAAAUGUGGGGAUGUAAAGUCUGCUCAAGAACUCUUCGAUAAAAUGCCUGAGAAAGAUAAUUUGGCCUUUAAUGCCAUCAUAUCUUGCUAUGCUCAAAACAGCCAACCAAAGGAAGCCCUGAAGUUGUUUGAUGAGAUGCUUAAAUCAGGUACCAGUAUCCAGCCAGAUGGGGUAACUUUGGCAAGUGUUAUAUCUGCUUGUGCGCAACUAGGGGAAUUGAAAUUUGGUUCAUGGAUCGAGUCAUACAUAAAUAAGCAUGGAAUCCAAAUGGAUGACCAUAUGGUUACUGCUUUAAUUGAUUUGUAUUCAAAGUGUGGGAAUGUUGAUAAGGCCUUUAACUUUUUCAAUGGUCUGAUGAAAAAAGAUGUUGUUUCUUACAGUGCAAUUAUAGCGGGAUGCGCCAUCAAUGGUAAGGCUGAUGAUGCCAUCAAGUUAUUCCAGAAAAUGGUGGAUGCACAAAUUCAACCAAAUUUGGCUACCUUCACUGGCUUAUUAACUGCCUAUAAUCAUGCUGGCCUGGUUGAAGAGGGCCACCAAUGCUUUAAUUCUAUGAAAGAUAAUGGAGCUGUGCCUUCAACUGAUCACUAUGCAAUUAUGGUUGAUCUUUUGGGCAGGGCAGGAAGACUAGAAGAGGCAUAUGAAUUAAUAAAAAGUAUGCCUGUGAAGCCCCAUAGUGGCGUUUGGGGAGCUUUGCUUCAUGCAUGUACAGUACAUAAAAAUGUUGAAUUUGGAGAAAUUGCAGCUCGGCAUUGCUUCGAGUUGGAGCCUGGUACAGAUGGUUAUUAUUCUCUCCUUGCCAAUAUUUAUGCCUCUGUGGGGAGGUGGGGUGAUUCCCGACGAAUGAGAAGGAAUAUGGAAAGGAAGAAACUGGCCAGGAUACCCGGUUGUAGCUGGACAGAAUUGACUUGAUUCUUCCUCCUUUGACAGGAGCAGGUAUUUACUGCCAACUUAGAUGCCAUCGAACUCGGAAUAUGAUCUGGGACUGUUGGCGAGUUGACAUUGAAUGGGCCAGCUUGUCCUUCAACAAAAUGCACGUAGUACCACAUAAUUUGGGUACAAGAACAUCACUAGAUGACAAAUCCAAUACUAUGCUGUCUCUAGUUUUCCUUCUUUUCUGGACUUUCUCAUUGUAUCUCAAGGAUUCUGUUCUAUUAUGAUUUUGCAAUGAUCAUCCCAUGGCACAGUUCAUUGUCAAUUGGAAUGCUUCGAUGCCAUCAUCGUAAAAGUUUACAGAACAUUUGUUUGUGCAACCGGACGUGUCGGGAUGAAACGGAGUGGCAUA